AUGGAUGGCGAGCCCGAGGCCGAGACGGCAGACGAACUACGGGAUGCUGUACUGGCUGCCCGGGCGGCGGCUCGUGUCCACCACACCCGCGCUCAAGUCCUGGACGACGAGGUAGAGCGGCUGAAGGCCGAGCUGGCGGCAGCCGUCACGACCGACAAGUUGUCGGCAGAGCGCCUGGCUGCUGCAGAGAGCCGCAUCGAUGAGCUGGAAAAGCAGCUCAAUCGGAGAUUGUCUCGGAACUCACGGCGAUCAGCUCCGUCACCGAGUGCUGGUGAGCCCGAUCUUGUCGCCUACCGGUCCGACUACUCUACCAACGCCGUCCUUGCUACCCUCCCUCCCGAGCUUGAUCGGGACUCGGCACCCGAGUCCAUCUCGCGGCGCGAGGCCGCUGAGGCUGCUAUUGAGGCUGCUGCCAAGGCGGCGGCCCGUGAAAAGCACCUUGUCGACGCGCUCGACGCCGCAAAUGCCCGCAUCGCUGAGCUGCAGCUCCAGCGUGACACCGCCGUCGAGGAUCGCAUGGUGGCCCAGGCCAUGACCCGCUCCGCCAUGGACCAAGCCAACGCCUCCGCCAAGGUCGCCGCUGAGCUCCGCGACAAGCUCAACGCCGCCGUCGACACUGCCACCGCCUCGCCGUCGCCGCCAUCUCUCCGCAGCGCCACCCUCUCCACCCACUCGCUCUCACCGGCCGCUGGCCCGGACGUCGCCGCUGCUCUCGCCGCUGCCCGCUCCGGCUCGCCACGCCCGCCAUCGCGCCUCGGCUCGUCGCCGCUGAACUCCUCCUCGCGCCUCUCAGACGACGGCUCGUCGCCACCGCACCCGCCGCGCGUCCGCUCACGCUCUUCGCGCUCGCAGUACCUUGCCGCCGUCAAGCCGACAGCCAACGAGAGCCUCACUGCGUCGCCGCCCCGGACCGCCGCCGCCCGCUCAACACUUGCUGCCUCGCGAUCUGCCCGCGCCAGCCUCUGCUCGGCCUCGCGCUCCGACUCUGACGAGAGCGAUGCGGGCGACGCCGACUCGCUCGUCUCGGAACUCGUCGCCGAAGUCAACUGCGAGAUGGAGCUUCAGUUUGCCAUGGACGAGCGCCACACUGCCGUGGUCUCUCGCCUCGCAGACAAGUGCCGCGCCAUGGCUUCUGACUACGACGAGUCUCGCCGCGUUCUCCAGGCCGAGAUCAACCGGCUCACCGCCGUCGUCACCGCGCUCGAGAUGCAGCAGCCGGUUUUUGGCGUCGUCGCCAUCAACGGCUCAUCCUCGCUUCCAUUCCAGCUGACAGAGACCUACGAGAACACGUUUCUCAUCCAGUUUCUCUCACUCGUCUCUUCGGUCGCCUCCCGCGGCUCGGGCUACUCGAGCCACCGCGUCACAGACCUCGGCAUCGCGCCGCCGGCCAUUACAGACCCGUCGAUCGCCGCCGCAAAAGCCCGCGCCGCCGCUGCCACCAUCCGCCCGCGCCUCGGCCUCGCUAUCUGCCCCACCUCCAACCUUCACAUCGGCGUCGAGAUCGCAGACAUCGAGCCCAACGGGCCUGCCCAAGCCGCCGGCCUCCGCAUCGGCGACAUCAUCGUCGCCCUCGGUGGCGCAGAUGUCAACUCGCCAGCCGCCUUUCGCGCUGUUGUCGUCGCUCUUGCCACCCCGCGCACUCGCCUUGCCGUCAAGUACGUCCGCGAUGCCUCGUCCGUCGCUACCACCACGAUCGUGGCUCUCCCUGCCAAACCCAAGCGCUCUGCUCGCUCGCUCUCGUCGGCCUUUUCCGACUCCAUCUCCCGCACACCCUCGCUCGUCGCCCUCAACCACAUGUCCCCCGAGCAGCGCGCCGCCCUCGACGCUGCCCGCGCCCGCCACGGCGCCGACAGCAUCUCGGUCACAGAGGCGCUGCUUGAGGCUGAAGGCCUCCGGUAA